AUCAAAUUGAUUAUGUUUAGGAGUCUGGAUCUAAAAUAAAAUAACUUGGCUGUGUCAGUAUUCAGUAAUGCAAUGCCAACAAACGAGACAGGUAUAGCGGUCAUUCCGAACAAAGUCAGGAGAAAUUGAAUGUGACUGCUAACUUGUCUUCAUCACACAUAAUAAUUUUAUACAUUUUAAAAGCUAAUCAACAAUAAAAUAAAAAAAAUUCAAGAACUACUCUUGUAAUAUACUAAGCCCACUUGCUACUUAACUUAGCAACUUUUUUAAUCCAUAUAUUAUGAUCUCACAAACUUGCAAGCAACAACAUGAAAAUUGAGGAACCAAACCAAAUCUAUAUGUGUGAGUUGUGAGAGCUAAGGAAGUUUCUCUGCUACACUUUGAGAUGGAAAUUCAAUUCCAGCAUCCAAAGAAGCACUUGAGAGCAAGCACAUCAAAAGGAGGCAAAGGGAGAAACAACAACAACAAAACCAAAAGCAAGUAUGUUGGGGUGAGGCAAAGAGCAUCAGGGAAAUGGGUUGCUGAGAUCAAAGACACAACACAAAAGAUAAGAAUGUGGCUUGGCACAUAUGAGACAGCAGAGGAAGCAGCAAGGGCUUAUGAUGAAGCUGCAUGCCUCCUUCGUGGAUCCAACACUCGCACCAACUUCAUCACACGUGUGUCCCUUGAUUCCCCUCUCGCUUCGCGGAUUCAGAAUCUUGUCAACAACAGAAAAGGUACCAAAACCAAACAAGAACAAUAUGUCGUGGAAACAUGUGACACAAGGAUCAAGAGCAACCGACAUGAGUCGAUCGCUCUACCAGAAGGAGCUAGUCCUCCACAACGUGGUGAACUAAGGUCUGAAUCUUCGUUGGAAGACGUGUCCAAAUUUAGUAUCCAACAACUGUAUAUUGAUCAGGAUUGUCUCCGAAAGAAAAUACGUGUGGGAAAUGAGAAGAAAAGAAGGGUCAAUAGCACCACUUGUAGUACUAGUAAUAGUACUAAUUCAAGCAAUAAUAGUGACUCAUGUGAGAACUCACUUUCUAGUGAGACAACAACACAAAACACACAACAAUUUGAUGAUGAUGCUUAUAGACCUGAUUUGAGCAAUUUCAUGGUGUCCGAGUCAGGUUCUCAUCAGAACAAUCCUUCAUGGGGUUUUGAACCUUCUUUUAGCCAAGUAAUGGAUGUAGCAAACCUGCCUGAUAUAGCUGGCUUGGAGCUUCCAGAUUUUGAAAGGAUAAAAGUUGAAAGGCAAAUAUCAGCUUCACUUUAUGCAAUUAAUGGUGUGCAAGAGUACAUGGACACUCUUCAAGACUCUAACAAUAAUAAUGGAGCUAUCUGGGAUUUCCCACCCUUUUGCUCUUUUUUGUGUUAAACCUGAAGGUCUAAGUAUGAUCCAGCAAAUCUUUCUUCCAAUUUUUCUACAGUAUUUGUUUAUUUUUUUUAGUUUUUCUGUUUAGAAAUAAAAAGAAAUAGAAUUCUGUUUUAACUGCU